AUGGACGAGUCGUUGCGGGCGCUUCGCGCGCGCGCCACGUCGCUUCCUGUGGGCGCACGCGUGCUGGUGGGGCUGCUUGUUGCAUUUUCGACGCUGCUUGCUGCACUGCGUGAGCUGGGUAUUCUGCAGCUGAACCGCGUCGUAAUAGGGAGCGCGUUGCAUUACCCCUACUUGGUCCUUAUCCCUGGCGCGAGUCUUUGGUUCCCCUGGACGCUGGUGACUGCAGGAUUUUGCGAGACAAGUGUGAUAGAGUUUGCAGUGUCGCUUGCCACUAUUCCGUUUGCGGCGCAGUACCUGGAGCGGUUCUGGGGCGCGCACGAGCUGCUCCGCUUCUCGGUGGUGAUCAUGGUUGUUUCGAACGUGAUUGCCGCUUUUCUAUCGCUGCUCCUCUACAUUGUGUUCCAGAGCAACACUGCUGCAUUUAAGACACAGUUCCACGGGAUGCAGGCGCUGCAGAGCGCGUACCUUGUCGCAUUUGCGCAGCGCAUUCCCCAACACCAGCUGAAGCUCUUCAGCGCGCGGUUCGCGAUUUCCGUGCGGGAUCUGCCGAUGCUGUACGUGGGUGUAUCAAACGUGAUGUGCCUGCUUGGGUAUACCUCGCCGUGGAUGCUUAUCCAGUUUGGGUGGCUCGCGUCCUGGCUCUAUCUGCGGUUCUACCAGCUGGACGAGCACGGCGUGCGUGGCGAUGCAACCGAAGCAUUUGCGUUCAAGUACUGGUUCCCUUCUUUUGUGCAGCCGUACGUAGGCAUGCUUGCCGAUUUUGUGCAUGGCCACGCGGCACGGCUCGGGCUCGUGCGCGAGACGGUGGCGUACACCGACUUGGAGCUCAAUGUCGACGAGCCUGCGCCACUCGACGCAGCGGGAAGCGGCGCGCGUGCCGAGGCCGAGCGCCGGCGCGCACUUGCACUCGAAGCGCUCGACCAGCGGAUGGCCAACGAGACGGACACGAGCGAAUCGCCGCGUAGCGCAGCGCCGAUAUUUGCCGUGGAAGGCGACGAGGAGCGCGCGUAG